AUAAUCCAAAUAGCGGGUGAGGCAAUUCACCCGUAAACCCAAUGGCCUAGGCGAUUAUUACAAAUUCCAAAAGCCAAUGCAAAAUCAAAUUUCAAAUAAGCGGGAAAAUUCCAAUAACUCCACGACCAAAAUAAAACCCAAAUCUAUUCUCUAAUGCUCUGUUAAACAGAAAUGGCUGAUUCCAAGAAAAGUAACAGGAAACCAGUAAGCUUAAACGAUAGCCAUUAUCGUUUUCUCCAAGACCUCUCUGCUCCUCCGAAGAAUCAAUCUUCCUUCGAAGAUGAAGAAGAGAGUAUGAAUCUCGGAGGACGACGUCGUCUCUGCAAAGCAUCGGCUAUGGAGACCCAGCUUGUUGUUGAUGAUGAUGAUCAGAUUCCUCAGUUCUCUGGAAUCACUGAUUUUGAUCCUUCGUCUGAAGAAGAAAAGCAGACAAAGGUUAAGAUUAAAGGGAGACGACUGCUGUGCAAAGUCUCAUCUCGAGACAAGGAAGAUGCUGGCAGCGUAGCUCCUGUGCCCAAUGAACCUAGUUUCUCUGGAAUCACUGAUUUUGAUCCUUCAUCUGAAGAAAAGCAGACAAAGGUUAAGAUUGAAGGGAGACGUCGGCUUUGCAAAGUCUCAUCUCGAGGCAAGGAAAAUGGUGGGCGCGUAGCUCCUGUGCUCAAUGAACCUAGUUUCUUUGAUAUUACUGAUGUUGAUUCACCUCUUCCAUCUAAAGCUACGGCUGUUGAUAACAGUAAUCAGCCUGCCAAUGAAAUCAGGGAUAUUCUCAAUGAUUUGAGCUCCAGGCUUGACCUUUUGUCAAUUGAGAAAAAGAGAGACAUUCACAAGGUCAAUGUGGCUGAUGAAUAUUCGAAAUUGGUUGGAGGUGGAGAUAGAGAGAAGAAAGUUGAUGUGCCUGAAUAUGCAAGUGCUGACUCUUCAUUUUCUGGUACUUCUGAUCCAUCUGAUUCUUCAUUUGAAGUGAAUAAGAUUGUUGGUGGUUGUAUUGAGAGUGCUGUGGAUGAUUAUGAUGAGGUUCAUUUGUUGAGGGCCAGAGGUGAUUCUUUUGUUGAUAAAUUGCGUAAGGCCAACAAAUAUAGUAGGGGGCUAAUCGAGAAUGAAUAUGAACAGGUGGGUGGCAAAUUGGCGGCUGGGGGAAACUCUUAUAUGUCUAAUGGUGAAGAAGAUGAGGAAAAUGAUUUAAGAAGUGAGUCUGAGGAUGAUACCCAUGCCACUGGGGAGUGGAAAACUAAGAAAAGUACUAAAAGACAGGAGAAAAAUGAAUCCAGAAGGGUGCAAGGGAGAUUAAGGUCUGCAGGGCCAUCUUUUGUGCCUAUUCUUAGUGAAGAAGAAGAGGAUGAGGAUGAUUGUUUGGUUUUGAGUGGCAAAAAGGUGGUUGAAGGAGCUGGGAGGCACGUUGGUAAGUACAAGGAGUCAUCUGAUCACUCUAGUGCUAUUGAUUUGUUGGAUGAUUAUACAAAUAAUUCAGUUUUGGAGGAUGAAAGCUCCUUUACUUUGGCUGGUCCAAGAUCGACAUAUGAACUACCAAGUAAAAUUGCAAAAAUGUUGUAUCCACAUCAGCGUGAUGGGUUAAAGUGGCUGUGGUCUUUGCACUAUCAGGGUAAGGGUGGAAUCUUAGGAGAUGAUAUGGGUCUGGGGAAAACGAUGCAGAUUUGUGGCUUUCUAGCUGGAUUGUUUCAUUCGAGGUUAAUUAAAAGGGCAUUGGUUGUGGCCCCUAAAACACUACUUUCUCAUUGGAUCAAAGAACUAUCCACUGUUGGUCUUUCUGGGGAAACUAGAGAAUACUUUGGGACCUCUUCUAAAGCUCGACAAUAUGAGCUGCAAUAUAUACUUCAGGACAAAGGCAUUCUCCUUACAACUUAUGAUAUAGUGCGGAACAAUGCAAAAUCAUUGAGAGGAGAUGGCUAUGCUGAUGAGGAAAGUGAGGAUGGUUACACAUGGGAUUACAUGAUUCUUGAUGAGGGGCAUCUCAUAAAAAAUCCUAGCACACAGAGGGCAAAAAGUUUGCUUGAAAUACCAAGUGCUCAUCGUAUUAUCAUUAGUGGAACCCCUAUUCAAAACAACCUUAAGGAAAUGUGGACUUUGUUCAACUUUUGUUGCCCCGCUCUGCUUGGUGACUAUAAAUGGUUUAAAGAACAUUAUGAGCAUCCCAUCCUCCAUGGAAAUGAUAAGAGUGCUUCUGCUAGGGACAAGCAUAUUGGUUCGACUGUUGCAAAGGAGCUAAGAGAACGCAUUCAACCUUAUUUUUUACGUCGUUUGAAGAAUGAAGUAUUUAAAGAAGAUGAUUCUGCAACUGCUACACUGUCGAAAAAGAACGAGAUGAUUGUGUGGCUAAGACUUACCUGCUGUCAGCGACAAUUGUAUGAAGCCUUUUUGCAAAGUGAACUGGUUUUAUCCGCUUUUGAUGGCUCACCAUUGGCUGCAUUAACGAUUCUGAAGAAAAUAUGUGAUCACCCACUUCUUUUGACAAAAAGAGCUGCUGAGGAUGUGCUAGAAGGAAUGGAUUCAAUGCUAGAUCUAGAGGAUGCUGGUGUAGCAGAAAAGUUGGCAAUGCAUGUUGCUGAUGUAGCUGAAAGAGUUGAAUUUCAAGAGAAGCACGACAAUAUUUCGUGCAAGAUAUCUUUUAUGUUGUCACUAUUGGAUGAUUUAAUUCCGAAGGGGCAUAAUAUUCUUAUCUUCUCUCAAACACGCAAGAUGCUUAAUCUAAUUCAGGAAUCCCUACUGUCUAAUGGUUACAAAUUCUUACGCAUUGAUGGAACCACUAAAGCUAGCGACAGAGUGAAAAUUGUUAAUGAUUUCCAAGAAGGUUUUGGGGCCCCUAUAUUCCUCCUUACAUCUCAAGUUGGUGGUCUUGGCCUUACGCUUACAAAAGCUGACCGUGUCAUUGUGGUUGAUCCUGCAUGGAAUCCAAGCACGGAUAACCAAAGUGUUGAUCGUGCAUAUCGAAUUGGGCAAAAGAAAGAUGUCCUUGUGUAUAGAUUAAUGACAUGUGGAACAGUUGAAGAAAAGAUAUAUAGAAAGCAGAUAUUCAAAGGGGGAUUGUUUAAAACUGCAACUGAACACAAGGAACAGAUUCGGUACUUUAGCCAGCAGGACCUUCGGGAACUAUUCAGCCUCCCAAAGCAGGGGUUUGAUAUUUCCCUCACGCAACAGCAAUUACAUGAAGAACAUGACCACCAGUACAAGAUGGAUGAGUUUUUGGAAGGCCAUGUGAACUUCCUGGAGAGUCUAGGCAUAGCGGGUGUUAGUCACCACAGUUUGCUAUUCUCCAAAACAGCUCGUUUACAAGUUGUAAAUAUAGAAGAGGAAGAGAUAAGGAGAAAAAGAAAUGCAUUUCUUGGAAGUUCUUCAAGUUAUUCAAUUGAGCACAAUGUUGACGGGGCUGUGCAUGCUUUCAAUCCGAAGGAUGUAAAACUGAAUAAGAAAAGUUCUUCCCCAGAUAGUGUUGGCAAACUGACAGAAUCUGAAAUCAAAGAGAGAAUCAAACGUUUGUCACAAUUACUUGGGAAUAAGGUUACAGUUUCAAGAUUACCAGACCAAGGAGCAAAAUUGGAAAAGCAGAUUUCGGAAUUGAAAUUAGAGCUCAACAAGAUGAGGAUGGAAAAAACAACUCGGAAAGAAGUCAUUGAUCUGGAUGAUCUCACUGGUGACCUUCAAAGAGUGUUGAAUGUAUAGUCCAUAGUUACCUAAUUCACUCGCCUCCUAUCAUCCCAGAACACGGUAUAGUGAUAUCAAAAUCCAAUAUUUAUCACGUAUCGUGUUUAAGCAAAUCAAAGAUUUGAAAAACGUCUGAAAGCAUAUUUUGUUGGGUAAGUUGAGAAUUGUCAAGUAUUCAAAAUGCAACUCUUUGGACCCAAACUGUUCCCUGCUAUGUUUGAUAUUGUAGGUUUUGUUGAUUUUCAUUAGCAUCAAGUGAAAUUUAUUCCAUUUUCACUA